AUGCCCGGCCGCCUCCUUUCCAGCCUUGUUCGCCCCCACGUGCACCACCACACCUCCUUCUCGUCUCAUUCCACCUCUUCUUCAUCUACUUCUGUUAAUGAGAUCCCCACCAACACAGUGGCCCACAAGAAGCCUUCCGCAAAUGUGCUUGAACGAGCACGCUCUCCAGAGCGCCGUUUGUCUUUCGCGGUCGAUCAUUUAAUCCACCCUCACAGGGAUCACAGCAAAGAGAAACGCCGCAGUCAUGGGCGUUCGUCCCGUUCAAAGGAGCGUCCAGGCGACCAUGGCGUUAGUGCUACUGCCAAGUUGGACGUUGUCGUUGAAUCACCACCGCUUGUCUGUUACGGCAGCCCCGCUAACUCGACUGGUGCGCUAUUCUCCGGCCGUUUGAAGAUCACCGUCUCGGAAAUGGUUGACUCCAUUACUCUCGAUAAGUUUGACAUGAGAUUGAUGACCAGAAUGACAACGAAGAAACCAGUCUCGAGAGAAUGCCCGAACUGCGCCUCUAGAACUGAGGAGUUAAGCCACUGGAACUUCUUGACAGAGCCGCUUCACUUGAAGCCUGGCGACCACGAAUUCCCUUUUAGCUACCUCUUCCCUGGUCAUUUGCCCGCUUCCUGCAAUGGAUCCCUGGGAAAGAUUGAGUACUACCUCUCUGCCCAUGCGCAAAACGUUACCGGCGAAGAAUACAAUUUCCAGAUGCCUUUGCACAUCAAGCGCGCUAUCCUACCCGGAAACGACAAAUCCUCAAUCCGUAUCUUCCCUCCAACUAACCUCACGGGCCGCAUUGUGCUUCCCUCCGUCGUUCAUCCCAUCGGCACGUUCCCCGUCCAGAUGACUCUGAGCGGAGUCGUGGACAAGGGCGAGGAGACCCAAACCCGCUGGCGCUUGCGCAAGAUGAUGUGGCGUAUUGAAGAACACCAGAAGAUCGUUUCCACGGCCUGUGGUAAACACGCGCACAAGAUUGGCGGUGAGGGCAAGGGCGUCCUCCACCAGGAAACUCGAAUCAUCGGACAUAACGAAGAGAAGGAGGGCUGGAAGACGGACUUCGAUACUGCCGGAGGCGAGAUUAGCAUGCAGUUCGAGGCAAGCAUCAACCCCACCUGCAACCCAGUGUGCGAUCUCGAGGCCUCCGGUGGAUUGGAAGCCAAGCACAACCUCACUCAUCACGCCUACGGGCGCAGCGCGUGUGUCCGUAUGCAGUUCCACUUGCAUGUCACUGAACGCAGCGGUCUCGGCAUCAGUUGGGAUGAGGAAAUGCCUCCGAUGUAUGAGGAUGUUCCUGCUAGUCCCCCCGGCUACACAAAACCCGAUGCCAGCAGUGUCAUGGAAGAUUACCACGGCUCUCCGCUCCCGCUGCCAGAGUACGAAGAAUUGGAACGCAUGGACUCGCUUCGGCUGGACAGCGACUCUACUCACUCUUCGGCUCGCUCAAUUCUCUCAACACGCGGACGAUCUCGAUUCACCACCGACGAUCUCACCGCCGAACCUGUGACACUUCAAACCCGCAAUCGAGCCCCGUCUGCCGAUUCGCGAGCCUCUCGGGCAUCUGAGUAA